AUGGCACACAGGAAACAAGACGUCGACUAUGACGUCGUCAUCAUCGGCGCCGGCAUCUCGGGCAUCAACAUGGGCUACCGACUGCAGGAGCGCAACCCCGAGCUGAGCUACUGCAUCGUCGACGCGCGCCACGAGAUUGGCGGCACCUGGAGCCUCUUCAAAUACCCGGGCAUCCGAUCCGACUCGGACCUGUACACGUUUGGGUUCCCGUGGCGGAUAUGGGAGGAGAAGCAGCCCAUCGCCCACGGCACCCUCAUCCUCAAGUACCUCAAGGAGUCGGCGGCCGAGGCCGGCGUCGACAAGCACAUCAAGUUCAACCACAAGGUCGACAAGAUGGACUGGUCGUCGGCCUCGUCGUCGUGGAACCUCGACAUUGUCGCCAACGGCGCCGACAAGAUCAAGCUGCGCUCGCGCUUCGUCUUCCUGGGCACCGGCUACUACAACUACGACGAGCCGCUGCAGACGCAGAUCCCGGGCCUCGAGGACUUUGCCGGCCCCGUCAUCCACCCGCAGUUCUGGCCGACGGACCUCGACUACACGGGCAAAAACGUCGUCAUCAUCGGGUCGGGCGCCACGGCCGUCACCCUGCUGCCGUCCAUGUGCGACAAGGCCGCGCACACCACCAUGCUGCAGCGCUCGCCGACGUACAUCCUGGCCCUCCCGCAAAAGGACUACCUCGACCGCGCGCUGCGCUUCCUGCUGCCCGGCGGCGUGGCCCGGAGCCUCAUCCGCUUCAAGUGGAUCCUGUCGGCGUUCCUGCUCACCACCUUCUGCACCUGGUUCCCGCGGCUCGCGCGCGCCCUCAUCCUCAAGCGCACGGCGCGCGAGCUGCCCAAGGGCGUCGCCAUGGACCCUCACUUCACGCCGCGCUACAACCCGUGGGAGCAGCGCAUGUGCCUCUGCCCCGGGGGCGACUUCUUCCAGUGCCUCAAGACGGGCCGCGCCAGCGUCGAGACGGGCGUCAUUGCCCGCGUCACCCCCAACGCCAUCAAGCUCACGUCCGGCCGCGAGCUGCACCCGGACGUCAUCGUCACGGCCACGGGGCUCAAGCUCCACAUCGCCGGCGGCAUCGAGACCUCGGUCGACGGCGCCCCCGUCCACAUCCCCGACUGCUACGCCUGGAAGGGCUGCAUGCUGGAAAACGUGCCCAACCUCGCCCUGUCCAUCGGCUACGUCGACGCCAGCUGGACCCUGGGCGCCGACGCCACCGCCCAGCUCGUCUGCCGCAUGCUGAGCCGCAGCGCGCGCGAGGGCUACAGCGUCAUCAUGCCCCGGCUCAGCGACGCCGAAAAGGCCGCCAUGAAGCCGCUGCCCUUUAUGCGCCUCAACUCGACCUACGUCGAGAAGGGCAAGAGCCUGUUCCCCAAGGUCGGCUCCGACCCGCAGUGGAAGCCGCGCUCGCACUACUGGAAGGACAUUACGAAUGCGUGGUGGGGGAACAUUGACGCCGGUAUUCAGUGGUUGAAGUGA